AUGGCGCGGUCCAGCUGGGGUCCCCCGCGGCUGGAUGGCUUCAUCCUCACCGAGCGCCUGGGCAGUGGCACGUACGCCACGGUGUACAAGGCCUACGCCAAGAAGGACACUCGAGAGGUGGUAGCCAUAAAAUGUGUGGCCAAGAAGAGCCUGAACAAGGCAUCGGUGGAAAACCUCCUGACAGAGAUUGAAAUCCUCAAGGGCAUUCGACACCCUCACAUCGUCCAGCUGAAAGACUUCCAGUGGGACAGUGACAACAUCUACCUCAUCAUGGAGUUCUGCGCAGGAGGUGACCUGUCUCGCUUCAUCCAUACCCGCCGGAUUCUACCUGAGAAGGUGGCUCGUGUCUUCAUGCAGCAGUUGGCUAGUGCCCUGCAGUUUCUGCACCAACGAAACAUAUCUCACCUGGAUCUGAAGCCACAGAACAUUCUGCUGAGCUCCCUGGAGAAGCCCCACCUCAAACUGGCAGACUUCGGCUUCUCACAGCACAUGUCCCCGUGGGAUGAGAAGCAUGUGCUCCGUGGCUCCCCUCUCUACAUGGCCCCUGAGAUGGUGUGUCAGCGGCAGUACGAUGCCCGUGUGGACCUCUGGUCCGUGGGGGUCAUUCUGUAUGAAGCCCUCUUCGGGCAGCCCCCCUUUGCCUCCAGGUCGUUCACGGAGCUGGAAGAGAAGAUCCGGAGUAACCGGGUUAUCGAGCUUCCCCUUCGGCUCCAGCUCUCCCCAGACUGCCAGGACCUGCUGCGGCGGCUCCUAGAGCGGGACCCUGGCCGUCGCAUCUCCUUCCAGGAUUUCUUUGCCCACCCCUGGGUGGACCUGGACCACAUGCCCAGUGAGGAGAGCCUGGCACGAGCAACUACCCUGGUGGUGCAGGCUGUGAAGAAGGACCAGGAGGGGAAUGCUGCGGCCGCCUUAUCCCUCUACUGCAAGGCCCUGGACUUCUUUGUGCCUGCCCUGCACUAUGAAGUGGAUUCACAGCGGAAGGAGGCAAUUAAGGCAAAGGUGCGACAGUACGUGUCCCGGGCUGAGGAGCUCAAGGCCAUCGUGUCCUCCUCCAAUCAGGCCCUGCUGAAGCAGGGGGCCUCUGCCCAAGUGCUGCUCAGAGAGAUGGCUCGGGAUAAGCCACGCCUCCUGGCUGCUCUGGAAGUGGCUUCAGCUGCUGUGGCCAAGGAGGAGGAAGCUGGCGGAGAGCAGGACGCCCUGGACCUGUACCAGCACAGCCUGGGGGAACUGCUGCUGCUGCUGGCAGGAGAGCCCCCAGGCCGGAGGCGGGAGCUGCUUCACACUGAGGUUCAGAAUCUCAUGGCUCGAGCUGAAUACCUGAAGGAACAAAUCAAGAUGAGGGAGUCUCACUGGGAAGCCGAGACCCUGGACAAGGAGGGGUUGUCGGAGUCUGUUCGGAGCUCUUGCACUCUACAGUGA